GGAAACUCACAUUGGACAUCACCAGGUUGAAUCUCCAGAAGUAUAAUGAAGGAUUCAUUGUUCCUACGUAGCUUGCUUGUAUGCACCCUGCUGGGUUGUCUGUGUGGCACAACACAGGGCCGGAGGCUUCAACUGGGCAACUGUAUUGUUAACAUUCACACUCAUGAGCUCAGGCAUCACUUCCAGCACAUACGCCAAGGCAUGAUUUCAGGAGAUAACUUCAAGGGUAUACGGUUACUUAAAAAAGAAGUGCUGAACAGUUUACAGGGUGAAGAAAGCUGUUGCUUCCUAAAGCAGCUGCUUCACUUCUACAUGGAUAAGGUUUUUAUCAGCUACACCAGCAGCCAUUCCCUACACCGCAGGACCACCAGUGUCCUAGCCAACUCCUUCCUCAGUAUCACCAAGGACCUGCGAGUCUGCCAUGCUGAUGCAAACUGUGAGUGCAGUGAAGAUGCCAUGCUAAAACUCGCAGACAUUCAAACCAUGUACAGCAAGCUUGAUCAAACAGCAGGAACCGUGAAGGCCAUUGGAGAGCUGGACUCAUUAUUUGAAUGGCUAGAAAGUUUUCAACACCACUGAUAAUAGACCAAGAGCUAAACUAAAUAAGCUAGAUAUGCCUUAUAUUUCUGAAGCACAGACUCAACUAAACAGAUUUGCUACUUGAUUGUUUAUUUGGGAUUAAUUUAUUUAAACUAUUAACAUUUUGUGGGCCAUAUUUAUAUGCAUAUUUGCAUGCCGUAUAAAUGUCAUGUUGCAAAGUAGACCUUUGAGGUCAGUUUGUAAUUUUAAUUUAUUUUAUUUGUGUUUUGAAUUAAUAUUUGUGUUUUUUUAAUAAUUAAUUUAUAAUAUAUAUGAAAAUGUAUAAUAAUAUAUGAAAUAAA